AUGCAAUCCAUCGUCGUAUUAUCGCUGUUGGUUCUUACUGUCAGUGUUCUUUCAAAACCACCUCCACCGGGCGCACCACCAGGCCCGCCACCUGGAGGAAAUGGUACUGCUCCAUCAGGUCCGCCACCUGGAGGAAGUGGUGGUACACCACCAAGUCCGCCACCUGGAGGAAGUGGUAGUACACCACCAGGCCCGCCACCUGGAGAAAAUAAGGGUGGUCCACAUGGUCAACAAAAAAGCGGUCGUAAGCAACGUUCAUUCUUAUGGUAUUAG